UUCUGUCCUCCCUUUCCACCACCCACCCGCCCUCCCCCCCCCCCCUUUCUUCCAACAUGGGCGGUCCCCAGGACACCAUGUCGACAUAUGCUCCCUUGGCCCACCACCCGGCCUUUGCGCAGUACGCUCAACCGCAAGCGCCACCAAUGCAGCAGCAGCCGCAGCCGCAGCCGCAGCAACACCAGCUGCCGCAACACCAGGCCAUGUUCAUGCCCAACAUGCACCCGCAGUUCCAGCCCCUCAUGGCCCUGGCCACCGCCGCCAACAUGGCUCCCCAACUCGCCCCGCCAUUCGGCCACCCAGCGCCCAUGGCGAAGGCAGCGCCCACCCCACAGGACGACGCCGCGCACGGCUCCCACGCGCUCAUGCAGCACCUGUGCCACGCCGUCAACACGUCCUCGCAAAUGUCCCACUCUGACUCUGACGACGCGUCCUCCUCCUCCAAGCAACAGCACCACCACCUGCACCAACAGCAGCAGCACCAACAGCAGCAGCGGCAGUCGCCACAUGAGGCGACCGUCGCCUCCUUUCCCGCCACAACCACAACCGCCGCACCGCCAGUCGGGUCGUGGUUCAUGCCGCAAGCUCCUUUCUACUUCCCUGUCUCCCAAGCAAUGCCAGCAGCAUGCUGGGCGCCAACUAUGAUGCCGUCGACCACGUUUGUGUCCAUGGCGCAACACCAGUUCCAGCAACAACAGAUGCAACAACAACAGCAACAACAACAACAGCAACAGCCACAGCAACAGCCAGUGACCGCGCCCUUGUCAGGUUAG